AUGAUCGCGGCCGGGAACGAGAGCGCUGAGGCAGCCGGCAACUCGACGUACGGGGGUGGCCUCCUCUUCCCGCCCUACGUGAGGGCAGCCUACAUCCUCCUCUGCGUCGUUAUCCUGGGCAUUGGAGUCGUCGGCAACGUCAUGGUACCCCUAGUCAUCGUCAAGACCAAGGACAUGCGCAACUCCACCAACAUCUUCCUCAUCAACCUCAGCGUCGCUGACCUCAUGGUCCUCUUGGUCUGCACGCCUACAGUUCUCGUCGAGGUCAACUCCGAACCACUCAUCUGGGUCCUUGGAGAGGAGAUAGCCUGGCCAAUCAGAGCUCCUCCCAAUGUUUACAAGGAAGCGAACGGAGACAUUAACCGAGUGAGGCCUGAACGGGGACCAUUUCGCCAGAAGUGCCGUCACAGAGAUGGCACAAUCCCAAAGUAG